GGUGUGUGUUAGAGAGAGAGGGACUUGUUGGUAUAAAAGCUCCCUCUCUCACUCGCACUCCCAUAUCUCCUGUGUAAUUUUUGGAGGGUGCGCGUGUGUGUUUAAAAGACAAGAGGACUGUGUGUUUGUGCCCUUGCAGUAUAGAGGACUGAUAACUCCCCAGGAUGCAUCAGCUGCUACUGGUGACCUUAGUGCUGGUGGCACUCUGUUCUCUGGGGAGCGUGGAUUCUUCAGCUUAUGACAAGAUAGUCACCCACAGUCGCAUACGGGCCAGGAAGGAAGGACCCAAUGUGUGCGCUCUACAGCAGGUCCUGGGGACUAAAAAGAAGUACUUCAGCACAUGUAGGAACUGGUACAAAGGCUCUAUCUGUGGCAAGAAGGCUAUCGUCCUUUAUGAGUGCUGUCCUGGGUACAUGAAGCUGGAGGGCAUGAGAGGAUGCCCUGCAGUGGCUCCUAUUGACCAUGUGUAUGGUACGCUGGGGCUCGUAAAGGCUACGACCACACAGCAAUACUCUGACAUGUCAAAGCUGAGAGAGGAAAUUGAAGGCAAAGGGUCCUUCACCAUGUUUGCACCAAACAAUGAAGCCUGGGAUCAGCUGGACACUACUAUACGGUCUGCACUGGAAAGCAACGUGAACAUCGAGCUGUACAACGCUCUUCACUUCCACAUGGUGAACCGUCGUCUUCUGACCAAAGACUUGAAGAACGACAUGACUCUCACUUCCAUGUAUGGUGACCUGGGGCUCUACAUCAACCACUACUCAAAUGGGGUUGUGACAGUGAACUGUGCCAGGAUCAUCCAUGGUAACCAGGUGGCCACAAAUGGUGUGGUGCAUGUCAUUGAUCGGGUCAUCACCUCUGUGGGCAACACCAUCAAGGACAUCCUGGAUGUCCAAGAAGAGCUCUCCUCCUUCAAUGCUGCGGCAUUGGCUUCUGGUAUGAUGGACAAGCUGGACCAGCCUGGUCAUUAUACUCUCUUUGCUCCCACUAAUGAAGCCUUUGACAGAUUGAGCCCAGGCUACCUGGAGCGCAUCAUGGGAGACAAGGCUGUUAUUGCAGCCCUGGUGAACUACCACAUGUUGAACAGUGUCCAGUGUUCAGAAGCAAUCAUGGCAGGAUCAGUAUAUGAGACCGCAGAGGGCAGCACCAUAGAGAUUGGCUGUGAUGGUGACAGUCUGACAGUCAAUGGCAUCAAGAUGGUGCUGAAGAAGGACAUUGUCACCACCAAUGGAGUCAUCCACCUCAUCGACCGGGUGCUCAUCCCUGACUCAGCCAAGGAAGGGAUGGAGCUGAUGGGAGACUCCCAGAGCACUUUCAGCGACAUGGUGUCCGAAUUGGAUUUAGCCGCUGCCAUGGGUCCGAAGACAGAGUACACACUCCUUGCUCCUCUCAACACUGCCUUCACUAACGAGGUGAUGUCAAAAGACCAGAGCCUGCUGAGACUCAUUUUGGAAAACCACAUCUUGAAGCUGAAAGUUACACUGAAUGAGCUCUACAGUGGACAGCUGCUGGAAACACUGGCUGGCAAACUGCUCAGAGUCUUCAUUUACCGCACUGCUGUGUGCAUAGAAAAUGCAUGCAUGGUCCGUGGCAGUAAAGAGGGAAGCCAUAGUGCCCUCCAUGUUAUGAAGUCCCUCAUCAAACCUGCAGAGAAAACAAUUUAUGAGCUUCUGAUUGCUGACGGACGGUUCAAGAUUUUCCUGUCGCUGAUGGAGACAGCACAUCUGACUGAUCUGCUGAAGCAGGAAGGCUCCUACACCAUCUUCGCACCAACUGACGAUGCCUUUGAUGGCCUCAGUAAAGAGGACAUUGCUCUGCUCAAAAGUGAUCUGAAUGCUUUGAGGAUCAUUCUGCUGUACCACUUCAGUAAUGGCAUCUUCAUCAAUGGAGGAUUAGAGGGAGGAGUUACCAAUCUGCUCAAAACCCUUCAGGGCAACAACCUGCAAGUUAUGUCUGUAAACAACUCUAUUCAUGUCAACUCUGUGGAUGUGCCAGACAGUGACCUGAUGGCAACAAAUGGUGUGAUCCAUGUGGUGAAGAAUGUUCUCUAUCCUGGGGACCUUCCUGUGGGCCGCCAGGACCUCCUGGUCCUCCUGAAGAAGCUGAUUAAGUACAUCCAGAUAAAGUUUGUUUCUGGAUUUUCUUAUGCUGAGAUCCCACUCACCUUCCUCAAGAGGACCAUCACAACUACACAUUAUAUUGAAACAGCACCUGAUGUAACAAAGGUGACCAGGGUCAUUGAGGGUACACCCACUCUAACCAAGGUUACCAGGGUCAUCGAGGGGGAGCCGACCAUCACCAAGGUAACAAGAGUCAUCGAGACAGAACCAAUAGUCACUAAGGUGGUCGUCGAAGGGGAGCCGGUGAUUACCAAGGUAACCAGGGUCAUCGAGGGGGAGCCUUCAGUCACAAAAGUAACCAGGGUCAUCGAGGGGGAGCCUUCAGUCACAAAAGUAACCAGAGUCAUCGAGGGGGAGCCUACCAUUACCAAGUUGACAAGAGUUAUCCAAGGUGGAAAUCCUGAUGCAGAUGGAAAGACAAUCACAGGUGGAGCCAGAUACACCACGGUGAACGAGCCUUAUAUCAUUGAGGGCCCAGACUUCUCUAAGAUCACCACCAUCCAUGGCAACCCAAAUCUGAUUGAUGAGGAAUCAGAGAGAAUCACCAAAAUCAUUCAAGGAGGUAGAUUCGCUGCAGCCAGGAAAGCUCCAGCUGGAAUGAGGAGGAGAGCAAGGCCGGUCAGGCGUCACCACAAGCCAAGGGAGUGAAUCCAACAGAGACAAAACACCUUGGGGCUCACCACAGAGAAUGAAUGCAUCUCCAGAACUCCUGGUCGAGCGCUGGAGGAUUGAAGAACGGUGGACCAAUAGGGAGAGAUUAAAUCAAUCUAGCUAUUUCUUUGUCCAAACCACCAAUUGGAAUAAUUGUUACUAUUCCAUCUGGACCAUACUGUAUGUGAUAGGCAUGAUGUGUAAUAGCUAUGCAAUGAAAUUAGAAUACCCUUCAUGUAAGUAAUGUACUGUAAGUGUGAAAUGGGAAUAUGAACUUUUGCUGUGGGGUAGAUGGUGUGUAAGGUGAGAUAUAUUCUACCACUGAGAGAUUUUUUAAAAGGUUAGCUUUUUUUAUCAUGUCACUUUGUAAACAGAUGGCUUGGGAAGAUUUUUGUACGCUUUUCAUGGUGCUCACAUUCUGUACAGUGGAUGCAUUUUAGUGAAUAUGACAAGUCAAACAGUGUCACAGUGUCAAACAGUGUUUGCUAUCAUUAGAUGCUGUACUGUACCUCUGUAAAUUAUCACACGGUAAUUAAAAAAUACAAUGAAUUUUUA